AUGGGUUUCAAGCGAGAUGUUUUCGGUGCACUUGCUGGCGGAGAUCCUUUGCUUUCCCACGUGGCCAGCUCUGCCUCAACGAUGCUCGCGCUGUCAACGGCUGGGCUGGCAAGCAUCGGAACAACAUCCGGGCGCCCUUCCUCGCGCGGCAGCACCGCAGACGAUCCGAACUCUUUGUGGAAGCUGGUCCGGCGACUGCAAUAUCGAGCUCGCCCGCCCUGCGCUUUGGAGGAUCUGAAGCGGGUGAGAAUGCUGCUGGAGGCAGACGAAAGCCCCAUGCCAUUCAAGUUGGAGAUGCUCGAAGGUUUCUCCCAAGAGGAGCUAGAAGAAGCCUUGGCCGCUGCGAGGGAGCGGCGCCUGCUGCUGUCUGGAUUGGUUCUGGCUGCAGCAGAUCUGGCGUUCCUGGCAUUGCCCCAGAAGCAGCACUUUGCUUGGGCAGACCUUGCUCGUGACGACCGCGAGGUGGGCUUCCAUGCUCCGCAGUGGCUGCGUGGUUUGGCAGAAGUGCUGGCCAUUCCUUUAUACGACACGCUCCACACCCUCGGAGAGUUGGCAUAUGGCGCCUCCAAUGGCCAUCUUCUGGCAGUGCCACUGGACCAUCUUCGUGAUCACGCGCGUCAUUGGAAGAAACAUCCACUCCUAACUGCAGCGACGCGGAGGAGGUCGCUACGAUCAUCCAGGGGCUCAUCUGGCAAUUUGGAGACCAAGGAAGGUGCCACGGUGUCUCGAAGAUCCUUCCGUCAGGAUCAGGUGCAACUCACCAUCGCCGCCCACCGGCCGAGCCUGGAGUCCAGAGAGGAACCCUUCGCCAUGUUGCCAGGGCAAGUCGACGAGGGGCAGCCCCAAGCAGGCCGCCAGUCCCCCGAGAGCGCAGGGCGCGUCACGGCACACGCUACCGCGAAGUUUGGAAACUCUUGGUUUGCAGCGCUGACCCCUGGCCAUAUCUUCAUCUCACAGAAAAGAGGGCGAUUGCUGCUAGGGAAAUCCGGUGCUCUCAGCCCCCUCAUGAAGAUGGCGGCGGCGGCUUUCCGGCGUUGCUUCGUCUUUGGACACAGAGGUCUUUGUCCGAGCAUGCGGCGACUUGCGCCAGAAGGUUGCAGCAUCACGACUGCCCCAGCUUCGGUGGUGCGGUGGCAGGCGAAGCGCUGGGGUGUCCAGGCAAUUCCAAUUGCUGGCUGUCGCAGCUUCAGUGCAGUCGCCCCUGAUGACAUGGAGCUGCUGAAGCGCAGGAAGAGGCUCACCUGGCGUGCCAAGAGCCGGGGAUGGUUGGAGCUGGAUGUGCUCAUGGGAACCUUUGUGGAGAAGCACAUUGCAGACUUUGACAGCGAGAAGCUGGAUUUGCUCGAGGAGGUCUUGGAACUGGAGAAUCCGGACCUCUUCAAGUGGUUUACCAAACAGGUGCCGGUGCCAGAAGAGCUUUUGAAAGAAAAUGAGGUCAUGCAGCUUAUGAUGGAGUACGUCAAGAGCGACCACACGAGUGACUUCAGUGUCAAAGGAGCAUGA